AUGGCCGGGCGGCAGCGGCAGGGCGGUCGGAGAGGCGAGGAGGGGGAGGACGAGGACCUGCCGGUCUACCUGGCUCGGCCCGGCACGGCGGCCCAGACGCCUCGGCAGAAGUACGGCGGGAUGUUCGCGGCCGUGGAGGGCGCCUUCGAGAACAAGACCAUCGACUUCGAGGCCUACAGCGUGGGCCAAAAGGGAGCCCGCACCCCGCGCAGCGCUCAGAGAGAACCCUUCCGUCCUCCUCCUCCUCCUCCUCCUCCUCCUCCUCCUCCUCUCGGGGUCCCGGAGGUGGGUGCACCGCCCGGGAAGGAUCGGGGUGGCCAGAAUUGUGGAAAUCUUUUGGGAAAAGGUGAUGGUUUAUUCAUUAAGAACGGACGAAUUAUCAACGAUGACCACUCCUUCUAUGCCGAUGUCUACGUGGAAGACGGACUUAUAAAACAAAUUGGAGAGAAUCUGAUUAUUCCCGGAAACCCGAAAACCAUCGAGGCAACCGGCUUCAUGAUCUUUCCCGGCGGUAUCGACAGCAACACUUCUCUGCAGAAAUCCGUUCAAGGCUUAACAGUAGCGGAUGAUUUUUAUCAAGGAACGAAGGCUGCGUUGUCCGGAGGCACAACGACCGUCAUUGAUCACGUCCUUCCAGAGCCCGGCUCCAGUUUAUUAACGGCGUUUGCAAAGUGGAAAGAGGCAGCGGAGAGCAAAUCCUGUUGUGAUUAUUCUCUGCACGUGGACAUCACCAACUGGUAUGAUGGGAUCCAGGAAGAUCUUGAAAGUCUGGUGCAACACAAAGGUAUCAAUUCUUUCCAAGUCUACAUGGGCUACAAAGAUCUCUACCAAAUGACCGAUUCCCAACUCUACGAAGCAUUUACAUUCCUGAAAAGUCUCGGAGCCGUCAUCAUGGUGCAUGCAGAAAAUGGGGAUUUGAUAGCUCAGGAGCAAAAGAGGGUGCUGGCAUUGGGAAUAACAGGACCGGAAGGCCAUGCUCUGAGCCGACCUGAAGAGUUGGAAGCAGAAGCCGUAUUCCGGGCUAUCACGAUAGCUAGUCGGAUCAACUGUCCCGUCUAUAUCACUAAAGUUAUGAGUAAGAGCGCGGCUGAUGUAAUCUCACUGGCUAGGAAAAAAGGUGCUCUGGUAUUGGGGGAACCGAUUACAGCCAGUCUGGGGACCGAUGGGACUCAUUAUUGGAACAAGAAUUGGGCGAAGGCCGCAGCGUUUGUGACCUCACCGCCUCUGAGCCUGGAUCCUACCACGCCUGAUCAUCUGACCUCACUUUUAGCCUGUGGAGACCUACAAGUGACCGGAAGCGGCCACUGUACUUACAACACAGCCCAAAAGGCUCUGGGCAAGGAAAACUUCACUCUCAUCCCAGAAGGGGUUAAUGGAAUUGAAGAAAGAAUGACGGUGGUCUGGAAUAAAUGUGUUUCUACAGGUAAAAUGGAUGAAAACCAGUUUGUUGCCAUUACUAGCUCUAACGCUGCCAAAAUCUUCAAUCUGUAUCCACGAAAAGGCAGGAUUGAAGUUGGUUCCGAUGCUGACCUUGUUAUCUGGGAUCCCGACAAAGAGAAGACAAUCACAGCAAAAAGCCAUAAAUCGGUUGUUGAAUAUAACAUUUUUGAAGGCAUGGAAUGCCACGGGGCUCCCUACAUAGUUAUUAGCCGAGGGAAGGUUGUGUACGAGGACGGGAAUCUCUCCGUGAGAAAAGGAACGGGGUCAUUCAUCGCACGAAAUUCCUUUCCAGAGUUUCUUUAUCAACGGAUCAAAACUAGGAAUAAGGUAACAGAAUUACAGGGUGUUUCCCGAGGAAUGUAUGAUGGGCCGGUCUAUGAAGUUUUAGCAACUCCUGCAAAAUAUGCAACCCCUGCCCCCUCAACUAAAACAUCGCCUGCCAAAAACCAGCCUCCACCCAUCAGAAACCUCCAUCAGUCUAAUUUCAGUUUAUCAGGGGCUCAGGUAGAUGACCACAAUCCUCGCCGUACCGGACACCGCAUCGUGGCACCACCAGGGGGCCGUUCCAACAUCACUAGUCUCGGAUAAGCGUAGAUGGAAGUCGGAAAUGAAGAAUGAACGCUCUUAGUCCUCCUCUACAUUCCCGUGCUCCUUAGCUCACAUUUCAUUCAUUGCUAUGCGAGAAAAAAAAUUGUCUGUCUUAAGAAAAUAAGUGUCAUAGUGUGAUGUGUUUGCUUGGAAUGAAUCACCUUGGUUGUGUUUGCCAUCUUAAAAGCAUGAUCCUUCGCCGCGCUCGGUGAGCAGCGGUGCUGUUUGUAGCUUUGCUUGCAGUAGAGGUUUUCCUUUGCACCUUCCCACCCCUUUCCUCCCUUAGCUGUGCUAGAUUAGGCAACGCAUGUUACUGAAGCAAGUUGUGGUUGGUGCGUCUACUUUAGAGCAAGGGCCGCCUGCCACUUUGGAUUAGACACAAGGUCAAGGCGCGAUGUUCCGUUAAAGGAAGACACCUAUGGACGUCUUACAAAUACGCAUUUUUUUUUUGUUGGUGUACAUUUUUAUUCAUUACCGACCCAAUGAGGAGGGCCAAUAGGCUGUGAUCUUCUCAGUCGAGUCAAAACUCUCGUCCGACUUUAGGAAAAGCCAUUAUUAUUGAUUCAUGUGGUGACCGUAGAGGAUUUCCAUAGAUGGUUCAUCUUUACAGACCAAUUUUGGUACUUGUAAAGCUUUUCAAGCUUUGUUGGGUUUUUAAACGUUUUUGUAUGGAGAAGGUUUUUUUUUCUCCUUAUAGG